AAGAGGCAAAAUGGGCAAGACUAGUAACAAGUUAAGAAUAUACAAGUAGGCCUAAGUCUAGAAAUCUACAUGUAUUUUUAAUAUCAAGGUUUUAAUGUUAUACAUGUGGCCACUGUACUGCAGAUAUUCGUCUACUGACUAACCAGUGUGAUCGGUGCACAUCUUCACUUGACUAACCUCAGCAGACGAUUAAAUGACGUCACUUUUUUUGGCGUGAUGGCUCACGAGGACGUGACGUAACUAACAAAUGAUGUCACAGAUAUCAAUAAAGUAUUACCACUUCAGUUCAGACGAAUCGAUUGUCAAGACUGACACCAGCACCUGAAUAAUCAUAGACUUAAGUUUAUGGCAGAAAUGAUGACAGAAUACAUGAACAAGUUGCCAGUUAUUGGCACAGAAUAUCGAAGGAGCAACUAUCCGCCACCGGCAAGACAAGUUUCUAAACUGACUAAAGACCAGCAAAUUUCCAACACGGGUGUAAAGCUUUCCUUUUGUCUUCCACCGGUGGCCAAACCAAGAAGAAAUGAAGACUUCAGACAGAAGACCUUCGACGUCAAACAUGACAUAGUUGACACAACUAUCAGCCUUCCGAGAACCCAUGUCACAUCAAAAGCCUCAAUGCAGCAGGCAGCUAAAGCCCAGGAAACUUUCAACAUGGAUUUACUUCCACUUCGUCUCCCACCGCUGGCCAACCAAGGAAGAAAUGGAGAGCUCAGACAGAAAAUCUUUAACGUCAGACAUGACAUAGUUAACACGAAGUUCCCUCUGCCGAAAAUCCAUGCUACACUAAAACCCACCACACCCACCACGCAAGAGCAGAAAGGAAAUAUCAACGCCUCCAGGGAAGAACUAAAACUGAAACUAGCUGAAAAACUUCUUCGUGAAACUGAGAGAGCAGCAGAGUUAAGAUAUUAUCAGAUGGAGGGUGAAAGGUAUUUGGAGCACCUGAGGAGAAACUGGGCAGAUAUUAAGAAGGAAACCGACAAAGCAAUGGGAAAAAUAACCGGAAUCUCUGCCAGGAAGGAGGAAGUACGCGAGGCGCUGAAACGACAGAACAGAGACAUGGCAGAUCUGAAGCGGAAGUACACCAUCAAGACGUACCGCAGUCAGCGCCUGAAGGAUGUCUGUGCCAGGCUGGAGGCAGAAAUGGCGAGAGAAAUGUCACUGCAGGUCACCAGAAAGUUGGACAAAAAGCUGGAUAAUAAGUUGGAUGUCUCUAGGGCUAAUGUAAACCAGAACAGUUCUGACAGACCAGUAGAAGAAUGGAGGAGGGCAAAGCAAGAGGCUUCUGUCCCUGUCAUGCCUUAUGCCUCAGCAAACCAUCGUCAGGCACCGGUGCACGUGAAGGGGGCAUCUAAAGAUGGAAGUGGCUUCUAUAAAUUCAUUAGCAGGAUGCUGAGUGAUAGGAAAAGGUCUGACGGAGAUGCGAGCAAAUCCAGAAAGCAAUCACCCAUUCAGUCUAUCAAGCGAAAAUGCCAGAAGCUCAUCUGCAGGUUAAAGGGUCGAAACCGGGUAACACCAAGUUCCGCGGAAAAUUAGAUGACUGUAUGCACGUGGGCGUAUUGAAGACUGGUUAAAUGAGAGAAUAUUACACAUGGUUUAUGCCACCAUUAAUUUCCAGUCAAUUUUGUUUGCUAGAAUUAAGGACUUAUCAAAACAUAGGCAUGUGGUUACACAUUACGUGUACGGUAGUUACUAUAGUGACGAUAAUACACACGUAGUGAUAGACCUUUCACUGCGUGUUGACGUGUAGAAUUUCGCCAAAAAAAAAUAAUUUUCUGAUGUAAAUAAUUUUGUCUAAUGUUGUGAACGUAUUGAAACCAAUAUCAUAAUUAAUGCGAUACGCAACCCUAAACGGUUUCAUUGAAUUCAAUUUGUGGUGCUAGAAACAGCUGUUAUUUGUCAGAGUAAGUCAACCGCUUCAAGCUGCUGUGUUGUAAUCGUGUUUUGUGAAGGACUUCCAACCAGAACUCGUGUCCUAGAGAAUUUUUCCUUAAAAUCGUUAAUGCGGCUUAAUGUUUACAAUGUGCGGGAUACUCCUUCAGGUUUUGGCCUACAUUUACAUGUAUGUGUCAAUACAUAUUUUGCCAU